AUGCCGGAGGGCCCAGGAGAUGCCAUGCAGGGGGGAGGGGUGAAGCAGAGGGCCACAACCCAGGCCAUGUUCCGGCUUUGGGCCGCGUUGGCCUUGCUGGCCGCAGGUGUGGCCAGAGCAGAGGAAGCUGAGGCGGAGGCAGAGAAGGUAGUAGAUGGCUUCAGCGACACUGACCGUGCCAAGAUGACUGAGUCUUCGGAGAAGCACGAGUUCCAGGCUGAGGUGAACCGAUUGAUGGACAUCAUCAUCAACUCGCUGUACACCGACAAGCAGGUUUUCUUGCGAGAGCUUAUCUCCAACGCAGCAGACGCUUUGGAGAAGGCCCGCUUCCACAGCGUGCAAGACGAGACCUUCCUGGGCGACACCAAGGACUUGGAGGUGAAGAUCGAGCACGAUGCUGAUGCAAAGACGAUCUCCAUCAUCGACACUGGCGUUGGCAUGUCCAAGGCAGACUUGAUCAACAACUUGGGUACCGUGGCCAAGUCCGGUACCACCAAUUUCCUUGAGGCCAUGGCCGAGGGAGGCGACGCGAACCUGAUCGGGCAGUUCGGUGUGGGUUUCUACAGUGCCUUCCUUGUUGCAGACAAAGUCUCCGUGACGUCCAAGUGCAACGACGACCCCGUGCAGCACGUCUGGGAAUCCUCCGCAGAUGCUUCCUUCACGGUUGUGGAUGACCCUCGGGGCAACACGCUGGGCCGCGGCACUCGCGUGACCCUGCAUCUGAAGGAGGAUGCGCAUGACUACUUGUCGGAGGACAAGCUGAAGGAGAGCGCGAAGAAGUACUCCCAGUUCAUUCAAUACCCCAUCUACGUGAAGGUGAAGAAGGAGGUGGAUGUCGAGGCAGAUGAGGAUGACGACGACGACAAGGAUGACGAAGACGAGGAGAAAAAGGAUGACGUGGAGACGAAGGACGAGGAGGAGAAAGAGGAGGAGGACAAGAAGCCCAAGAAGAAGACCGUCUUUGAGUGGGAGCAGGUGAACACUCAGAAGGCCAUUUGGUUGCGUGCCAAGGAAGAUGUGACUGAGGAGGAGUACAAUGAGUUCUACAAGAGCAUCUCGAAGGACUACCUGGACCCUUUGGCCUACACUCACUUCAACGCGGAGGGCGAGAUUGAGUUCAAGUCCAUUUUGUUCCUGCCCAAGAAGGCUCCCUUCGACAUGAUGGACAACUACUGGACCAAGAAGUCCGAGGUGAAGCUCUUCGUGCGCCGAGUGCUGGUGGCUGAGAAGUUCGACGAGCUGCUUCCCCGAUACCUGAACUUCGUGAGGGGCGUGGUGGACUCAGAUGACUUGCCCCUGAACGUGUCCCGAGAGCAGCUUCAGCAGAACAAGAUCAUGAAGGUGAUCUCCAAGAAGCUGGUGCGCAAGGUCUUGGAGCUGAUGAAGAAGCUGGCAAAGGACGAGGAGUCUGGUGGCGACGACGAGGACGAGGAAGGCGAGGACAAGGAGAAGGAGGAGGAAGAGAAGAAGGAGAAGAAGGACGAGGAGGGCCUUUGGACCAAAUUUUGGAAGGAGUUUAACAAGAACUUGAAGAUGGGCUGCUACGAGGACGACUCCAACCGCUCCAAGCUGUCCAAGCUGCUGCGCUUCUUCACCACAAAGUCUGAUGGCAAGGAGAUCAGCUUGGACAAAUACUUGGACCGCAUGCAGGAGAGCCAAGAGAGCAUCUACUACAUGUCGGGCGACUCCAUCGAGACCAUGAAGAAGGCCCCGGCUCUUCAGAUCUUCAUGAAGAAGGAUCUCGAGGUUCUCAUGCUGCCGGACCACCUGGAUGAGCCCUGCUUGCAGAAGCUCGCGGACUACGAGGGCAAGAAGUUUGUGUCCAUCCAGAAGGCCGAUGUGAAGCUGGACGAGACAGAGGAGGAGAAGAAGAAGUUCAACAAGAUCAAGGACAUGUACAAGCCUUUGACAGACUGGUGGAAGAAGAAGCUGACUGACCUGACCGAGAGCGGUGCCAUGAAAGAGGCAGGUGUGAAGGUGGAGAAAGUGGAAGUCUCCAAGAGGCUCACGGAGUCGCCAGUUGUGGUCGUGACCUCGCAGUUUGGCUACUCUGCCCAGCAAGAGAAGGUCAUGAAGUCGCAGGCUUUCCAGAACAAGGAGCAGCUGUCCAUGAUGGCAGGCCGAAAGACUUUGGAGAUCAACCCCAACCACCCAGUGAUCGUGGACCUCCUUGCCAAGAUCAAGGUCAGUGAGAGCGACCCGGCAGCCGUCAAGACUGCCGAGGUGCUGUUCCAAACUGCCCUGAUUGAGUCCGGCUAUGAGAUUGCGGACCCCUCCUCCCUGGUGAGCCACGUCUACAAGCUUAUGUCCAAGGAGCUCGGGGUGAACCCUGAUGCUCCCAUGAAGGAGAUCGAGGUGCCAGAGGAUGAGGAGGAAGCUGAAGAGGAGGAGAAGGACGACGGUGACGACAGCGAGGAGGAUGCCAAGGAGGAGUGGCAGUGGGAGCUGGGCCGUGAGGCCAAGCACUUGGACAAAGAGAUUGUCAAGAUUCAGAAGGAUGAAGCCAAGCUCCAAGACCAGAUCCGAAUGCAGGCGGAUAAGGGCAACACAGAGGCAGUGCAGCUCCUGGCGCGGUCAGUGGUGAAAACGCGGAAGGCGGUGGCGAGAUUAGAGAAGACGAAGGCCUCGAUGGAGGCGGUGAAGCUGCAGCUCACGACGCACAUGGCCUCCAUCAGCACCUCCCAGUCCAUCCGCCUCUCCUCGGACAUCAUGAAGAAGAUGAAUGCGAUCGCACGAAUUCCAGAAGUGAGCGAGACCAUGCAGGACAUGCGCUCUCAGAUGGCCGCGUGUGCGGAUGCAGAGGACAGCAUCGAAGAAGCUCUCAGGGAGGAUGGCGAGGAGCAUGAAGCUGCCAAGGAGGUGCAGAAGGUCUUGGAGGAGAUGGCUCUGGAUCAGAUGGGCCCGCUCGCCAAGUUGGCCACCGAGGAGAAGGCCCCGGCCGCGGCAGCACCGGUGGCUGUGGCACCUGCGAAGGUGGCGGUGGCAGUGGGCGAAAGUGUGGAGCCCGUGAAGCCAGCGCCGGCCCCACAGGCCGCUCCGCAGGCGCCGCCUCCGCCCCCUCCACCACCGGCAGGUGGCUAUGUAGAUGCCGCGCCACCAGUGGCGCCUGCGGCGCCGGCGCCGCCGGCCGCAACUCCUGAUGCGGCUGCAGGCCCAGAGGAUGACCUCAUGCGCCGCCUGGAGGCGCUGAAGAAGAUGUGA